AUGUUCGAACACGCUGCAUCUGUGCGGAUAAAUGACGCCAUUUCUCAAGUGGCGGCCGAUUCGAAGAGAUCCAGCCACGCAUUCAAAUUUGACGAGGCCGAAAUUCUUGCGAGAGGUGACAACCGUUUGGGCUUGGAAUUGUUUGAGUCAUGGUUUAAUGGCCUCCAGUCCAUUAAAAAAUGCAAUGGCAUUCCCCUUCUAUACUCGGUGCUGACACUUCGCCUAGCGGAGUAUUUACCCGUCAGGCUAAUAAAACUCCUGUCCCACCGAUCGUGUCUCCUUCUUCAAAACCGCACCAUCAUCAUUUUCACCACCACCACCACCACCACACCACCACCACCACCACCACCACCACCACCACCACCACCACCACCACCACCACCAUCACCAUCACCACCACCACCAUUCAGAAGUAAUGUCGAAUUAAUUCUGAACAAGAUUAUGUAA